GCUGUGCAGUUAGUUCUCCCUCGGCUUUCACCACCGCGCAACACUCAAAAUCUUAUGGCGGAAUGCUCAGAGGAAGCAGUGAGGAUCCCGUUUGGGGAGAAGUAUCUGGACGCCGUGUUGACGGUGCCCGGUGGUGAUGCUGCCCGACUGAGGAGCGUGCUGGUGCUAACACACGGAGCAGGGGGAGACAUGAACUUCAGGCAUCUGGUGUCGCUCGCGCAGGCCGUGGCAGCCUGCGGACACCUGUGCCUGCGGUUCACCUGCAAAUCCUUGAACCUGGCGCACAGAGCGAAGGCCUACCGGGCCGUGCUGGAAUACUUGAAAAGCCACGGCAGGUUUAAUCUGAACAGCUUCUUCCUCGGUGGCCGAUCCAUGGGUGCCCGAGCAGCAGUGUGUGUGUCCCGGCAGCUGAGUGAGGAGGGAGAUGGGGAGUGUGUGCGAGGCGUGGUGUGUGUGUCCUUCCCUCUCCACCCCCCCAACCAGACACACCAGCACCAGCAGCGCAGCCAAGACCUCCGGGCGCUAUCUCACAGUCCCGUGCUCUUCAUCUCCGGCACGGCAGACAACAUGUGUGACAGGAAGCUUCUUGAGCAGGUGGUUGGGGAUAUGGAGGUGCGUGUGGAGGUGAGGUGGGUGGAGGGGGGCAGCCACGGCCUGACUGUUCGAGGGAGAGCAGAGGAGGAGCUCAUGGAGGAGGUCAACACUCAUGUCACACACUGGAUAUGUCACACAAUGCAGUGACAAUCACUUCACAUGGAACACAGUGGAUAUGUCACACAAUACAUUGACAUCAACACAUAUGCUACACGUGGAUAUGUCACACACACACACACACACACACACACACACACACACACACACACACACACACACACACACACACACACACACACACACACACACACACACACACACACACACACACGUCACAGUGUGUGAAUACAGUAUGUCCGACAAUACAGUGACAAUACACAUGUUACAGGGGAUAUGUACAAUAUGGAAAACAGUGACAAUGGCAUCAUAUAUUACACAAUGCAUGUCACACAAUUCAGUGACAGCACUCAUGGCACAGAGUGGAUAUCUCACAAUGUAGUGGGAUUAAUUUAACACAGUGACAUCAACAUAGACGACACAGAGUGGAUAUGCCACAGAAUGCAGUGGCAACUCCAGUGUGUAGCCUACAUCGCCAUGCAGUGACCCUAACUUCACACAGACACCACAGAGUGGAUAUGUCACACUCUACAGCUGAUAGCCUAUGUAUAGUGACAUCAAGCUCAACAGCAUGCAUGUUACAGAAUGGACAUAUCAAACCUGUGCAGUGAAUACAACAUACUGGAAUUUGAACAUAAGAUACUGUGAUGUUAUGAUACUUUCAUAAACAAAAAUAAGCCAAUAAUGACCUCAGUUCAUGGCCUAUAAAAAGCUUUGGCCUAUAAAAAAAAAUUAAAAAAAAUAUAUGAAUGGAAAUAAUAAAUAUACUUUUUUAUUUAUUUCAUGUGCUUGUAUGGAUUUGUAUGCAUUUAAAUUACAUCUAUGUUGUUAAUAAAGUUUUGUGAACACA